AUGUCUCGUCGUGGUGUUGGCCUGGGGGCCUUUGCUAAUCGCACUCAAGCAACACAAUCAUUUGCCACUCAUGGUGCUAACUUACGAUCCACGCAUCUAGCCUCCCUGCAGACCCAGCUUUCUGUCUUCCAGUCGUUACUCCAUACCUUUGCCCUUGAGCAUAGCUCCACCAUCAAAUCCAAUCCUACCUUCCGAGCCGAGUUCGCGCGCAUGUGCAAUACGAUCGGCGUUGAUCCACUCGCUGCAAGCAACAUCAAAGGCAAGAAUGGUCGCCGUGGACUUGGCGAAGGGGGCAGUUUCUGGACCCAGAUCCUGGGCGGGGACAUGAACGACUUCUAUUUUGAAGUCGCUGUCCGCGUCGUAGAACUAUGUCGGGAUACUAGGGACGAGAAUGGUGGUUUGAUCGGGGUGGAGGAAUGCCGGAAGCAGGUGCGGAAGGGGAAGGCUAUUGGAAGUGGUUUAGAAGUUUCAGAGGAUGACAUCCUCCGCGCCGUUCGAUCUCUAGAACCCCUCGGCUCCGGCAUCUCCAUCGUCCACGUUGGUGCCAAGAACUACAUCCGGUCCGUUCCAAAGGAGCUGAAUACCGAUCAGGCCACCGUCCUAGAAGUGAUGCAAAUGCUCGGAUUUGUGAGCGUGUCAAUGCUUCGACUAAACCUCAAUUGGGAGAAGGCCCGGGCCCAAACAGUUAUCGACGAUUUACUUGCCGAUGGCCUGGUUUGGUUAGACGCUCAGGGCCCAGAGAAGGAGUACUGGUCGCCUCAGAAUUUGCUGGAUGAUAGUGGAUGA